AUGAGUUAUCAAAACGGAUUCAACCCUGCCCAGAUGAUGGGUUUCGGUAAUCCCUACGCGGCAGCAUUCGGCUCACCAGGUGGUUAUGGAGGAUACGGUUCUCCGGGAAGAGGUGGAGGGAGAGGAAGAGGAAGAGACGAUAGACGUGGCGGCAGAGGUGGUGGUAGAGGAGGAGGAGGUCCAAGGGAUAGUAGACCCCCUAUACCUGAAAAUUCGAAUGCGAGAAUGAGGAAGAUGGUUCUGAAGUUGGGUGAUGAUGAUGAAUACCACCCAGUCGACGACCCACAUCGAUUAUCCAGAGUGCUCAAGAGAGCUUGGAGGGAAGGUUCUGCGGGUGUCUGUGAGGGUUUCAGAAUAAGUAUAACUCAACAACCUCACAAACACUCAUACCUUGUUGUCCUCCUCUUAUCCCUCUCUCGACGCAAUUUACCUACAACAGAAACUAACGAGGGUGACGAGGCUCAAGUCGGGGACAAACGCAAAGCAGAUGAUGUCAACGAUGAGGAUGUUGAGUACGGUCGUGAAGUUUUAGAGGAUCUAUGUCGGGCCUUGAGAGGCUGGGUGGAGGGAAGAGAAUGGCAGAAUGUCAGGCUAGGACUCCAGUUCUUCUCCCUCCUCGUCCCUGCUGGUCUAGUCACCUCUUCGUCUCUUCUAGGCGUAUAUAAAUCCUUACUCGCAGUUUUAGAGGAAGUUGGUGGCGGAGGAGAUAGAGCCGAAAGAGCCGUCAGGGCCGUAGGAGAAGGCCUGAUACGUUCUGGCAAAGUACUGUACGACAACCACCCAGAAGAAGUAGAAAGCCUUGUCUCUGCAAUCGAAGGUUAUAUAAUUGGUAGGAGGAAUGAAGUGAAAUCACUGGUUGAUCCUUUCUCACCUGUCUCGCUGGAUGGUCAGGAACAUACACCUACGCCUGAUAUCCUCGACAACUUCCUUUCCGCUCUUCAUGCCUUACGUGCCAACUCUUUCGCCCCUCCUCACAGUCUACCUCGAUAUUGGGAAUCGGCGACAUUAUCCGAAGGAACAAUUCAAUCGGAUCCAUACGAAUUGUCGCCGAUUUCGAUGCCACCUGAAAUGUACGCUGUAGACUCGAACGAACUAGAUAAAGGUGAAGGUAGAAUUGGGAAUAUAAAGCUGUUCGGUGACGAUGUCGUGCCACCACCUGAAACAUUGGAAGGAUGGGUACUCCGAAGUUUAGUGCUAGAUAUCAUAAACAUAUACGAAGUGAACCGAAAGGAAUGUGCUACUCUACUUCUCUCACUAAGAAAAUUCUUACCUUCAAAUACGUUCAAACCUGUCAAUCCACCUACCGAAGAGGAUGAAGACAAAGUACUAUCGACCUGGUCCAGUGAAUCAUUGAUAAUAUCGACGCUUCUAAAUUCGCUAUUGACAUUACCUAGAUCAACAUAUAAAUCAAUAUACUAUGGAUCAGUGAUCACUGAACUAUGUAAGAUCUCACCUAAUACCGUUGCUCCCCCUGUCGGGAGGGCGGUAAGGAAGAUUUUCAGUUAUUUGGGUGCUGGGGGCUCGGAGGGUACGCUAGAUAUCGAAUGUCAGAAUAGAGUUGCGGUUUGGUUCAGUACGCAUUUGAGUAAUUUCGGGUUCCAGUGGAUGUGGAAGGAAUGGAUCCCAGACCUGGACUUACCUCUCUCACACCCAAAACGGGCCUUUAUGCGACGUGUGACCGAACUGGAAGUCCGAUUGGCGUACUACGAUCGUAUCCUCGAUACCUUACCCGAACCCAUGAAAGCUGAAGGUGCCGGGGUGAUUUCGUCUGAACCACCCGAACCAUUCUGGCCAUAUGAAAAGCCAGAUCACCCAUUGCAUACCGAGGCGAAAGAACUCUUACAACUCUUCCGAUCCAAGACUUCUCCUUCGGACAUCCGAACGCAUAUUGAAACCUUGCCAAAUUCAAGUUCUGGUCAUGGUGAAUCGAUAUCAGAAGACAUUCGAAAGACGGUUUUCGAAACUUUACUUCAUCUUGGUUCUAGAUCAUUCUCGCAUUUCUUGAAUGCUACUGAACGAUAUCUCGAUUUAUUGAGAUAUUUGACUUCUGAAAGUUCCUCUAGAAGAUUAUUGUUAGAGAGUGUAUGGACAUAUUGGAAAUAUUCUCAUCAAUUGAAAUUAAUCAGUAUUGAUAAGUAUCUUCAAUAUGGUAUUUUAGAAGGAUUAGAUAUAGUAGAAUAUCUCUUUGAAUCAACUGAUUCGGACGAGGUAGAAGAAGGCGAUGGGUGGACGGACGGAUGGAAAUUUGAGAUACUGAAAAUGACCAUUGAGAAGCAUGUUGGAAGGACCCAAAGUAUCAAAAAUAGACUAAAGGUGAUCGAAAGAGAGGAUGAGAUGGCUAGAGCGAGGAGGGCAGCAGAGUUGUUGGAGAAAGGUGGUGAUGUAGGUGAAGGAACGGGUGAAGAAGAUAUGGAAGAGGAUACGCGAGCAGAAGGUUCAAAAGCAUUUAACGAUGCACAAACUUCCCUGGAUAUCCAAUCGACAAGAUUAGAAAAGAUAUUAAUUGCAACUAUCAAGCAAUUCGUUUCUUCCUUAUUGCCUGUCAACUCGGCAAGCUCGAACCAAGGUUUGAAAGGUGUCUUGACGUUGCUGAGAAGUGGUGAAGAGGGGUUAUGGAGUGUGCGAGCAAGGUUAGGAUGGUAUAAGGAAUUUGUCAGAUUGUGGUCUUCACACCUCAUACCACUGGCGGAACCAAUUGAGAAUUCCUUAUUCUCCCUGCUCUCAUCUACGGAUGAAAACGAUGAGAUUGAUAGGAGAGCGGUCGAGCUGGUUAAGGGGAUAUGGAACAGCGCUUUGGAAUUGUAA